AUGGACGUUGCAACGCCAAAUCGUCGACAGCGUCCAAAGCUUGCACAAAACCUCAAUGCUGUCCUCUUGGCGGAGAAAACAUAUGUUCAGCACGCAGCUGUAGCAAUUGGUUACCCGGGAUCCAAGACACGGAAGAAGAACACUGGCACAUAUGGUGGCAAGACCAACAUCCCCCAACCACGUGAGCUGGUCACAUACCUACGACGCCAGGAGAUGGUCGUGACAUCUGCCCACAUGAUACAGUUCCUUCGGAUCGACCACAUGGCAUUGAUCGAAGACUACAUGGCGACGAGGAAGUAUGGGUACAACGCAUUGUAG